ACAACAACAACAACAGCAACAACAACAACAACAACAAUGUCCUUUAAUUCAGUCUGACUUUAUCUCACAAUCCACCUUUAGCGAUCACAACAUAUUAUCAUUGCCAUCGCCUAGUACCUCAAGUCAACCAAUCCCUUCUUCCUCUUGUACAGAUAUACAAAGCGAUCCUAUGCAAUGGAUACUCACGUUUCAACCUGGUAAUUCAUUACGACUGGAAACAAAUAUUACUUCGGUGGAACAACUAGUAGAUGCUGUACAAAAAAUACAACUUUUGGCUGAUCCAUCUUCAAAAAACGUCCAUCAACCUAUUGACCCAUCUAGUGUAUUUAUCGCAUCAUCAUCAUCAUCAUCAUCAUCUUCAUCAUCAUUCUCAUCGAAUUCUUCAUCUUCCUCUAUUUCUUCACCAUCAUCCAAACUGUCAACACCUUGGACUGGCAAUCAUCAACUACGUUUGGGCCCAUCGACUGAAUACUGGUAUGCAGCUUUACAACGUCGACCACGAUCAUGUCUGGAAGAUUAUAAGAACUCUGACGAAAUGAAUCUUAGUCAAGUCACGGAAAAUGUCUCACCUCAUGUACUCAACUAUGCUUGUCAAAUAUAUUGGGAUUGUCUUCAUCCAAAGUUUUCUGGUGAUUGGUCUACUUUUUGGGAUCGAUCAGGUGAUCCAAAGCGCAAUCAAGUCUGUAUCGAUUCUGGUUUAGCAAUGGUAUUCUUACAUAUUAUUCGGCAUCACAAGGAUUCAUGUCCCAACGCAAAUGAUAUUGGCUACUACUACUACGAAAGGGCAAGAGAAGCUUUGAUGGAUUAUUUUGAUUCUCCAGAUUGUGCUACUUUGGAAACUCUGAUGAACUUGGCUAUGUUCUGUAUUCUUUGCAAGCGACAUUCUCAAGCACGUUUACAUAUUGGAUUGGCGUAUCGUAUGAUUUUGGAUAUGGGGAUUCAUCAACAAUCCAAUUGGCCGAAGGACAAUCUACUGCUACGAAAGAAAUAUCUUAAACUCGUCAUGGUACUUUAUUAUAAUGAUAUUAGUGUCUCGAUGUACUCUGGUGAACCUACUUUGCUAAAUGACAUGGAUAUUGAUGUGGAUUUCUACGACCUGAUUGCUGUCAAUCGUGCCUUACCAGCUCAACCUGAUGAAAAAACCUUGGUCAAGGAAACCUUUUUUGCUCACCUGUUAUCACUGGCCAAGAUUGGGAAACGCACUUUACUAUUGACUGAUGAUUAUAAACAACAACACGAAGGAAAACAACAUGUUGGUGAAUUACCUUUAUCUUGGGCAAAUCAAGUACAAGCUUUAGAAGUAGCUCUGGCACGCUGGUUUGAUCGACUUCCUGAAGAAUAUCGUGUAGAUCCUCAACCAACACCUUUUUCAACAGCAUCAUCAUCAUCAACAACAACGGCGACAACAACAACAACAACAGAGGACAAGACUUCUCCUGAACGUGAACAUAUCUCCAUGGAUGCCACCUCAUUGAAGAAACAAUCCGCUCUUUUACUGAUGUUACAAUAUCAAACACAAUGGUUACUUUUACACAAAACUUUUGCCAACAUUGAUGCUUCUCCUUUGGCCGCCACUAUUGCUGCUGCUGCUGCAGGUUCAACAUCAGCGCAUAUACCACCACAAGGACCGGAUCGAUCAAGAGAAAUAUGUACUGAUGCUGCCAAUCGAAUUGUUGUUAUGGGCGAAAUGAUCACUGAAAAAUAUGGAUGGUGUGUCUGUCAACAAUUUAUGUCCUGUAUUUAUCAAGCAUCUACGAUUUAUUGUCGGAACGCCCUUGCUAUGAACGAAGACAGUCGUCAACAUGCCAAUACUAUGAUCAAACGAAUUAUACAUAUAUUAGGAUCAAGUAGGAUCAACUAUAGUGGACUACCUGAUGAUAUCACAGCAUGCCUGAACGAAUUCUUGGUCAAGAAUGGAAUGCAGCCACCGACAGAACAACACUCUCUUUCAACUGAUACAACAACACCAGUGAAUAAUGUGAACAACAAGGAUGAUAACAACCAUGCUAAUGAUGAUGAUGAAACAUUGGAUGAAAAUCAUAAAAUAACAAUUCCAGAAGGAUGUCAACUAUUGGGACACUGGGUUUCUUUCGAUAACUCAUCUACAGCAGAACAUACGCAUUCAUCAGCAAUCACAUCUCCCCUUACUAGAUUCAACGAUACAUUAUUCAACUCACCUCAUAUGCAUUUGGAAUGUUUACAUCAACAAGCUCUCCAUCGGCCACCACUCACAACUCGAUAUCAUCAAACGGAUGCUAUGCUAUCUAUUAAGAUUCAGGAACCAGUGGUAGAUAAUUCGAUGGCAAUGGAUUUCCAAUUGGAGCAUAGAAAAAACUGGAGAAACAUGUUUUCAUCGUCCAAUAUUACCCAAGUCAAUCAGCGAAUGUUGUAGAAUAAUACCUUUUUACCAUCUCUCUUUUUACACUAUGACUAUUAUUGUAUUUUUUAUUUAUUUAUUUAUUUUGUUUAUAUCUAUAUAUAUAUUUACUAUUGUGUAUUUUUUAUCCCU